GACAUUCUUUUUCGUUGUCGUCGAAUCGGCGGUUCGACCGGCCAUACGGUACGACAAUCCAAAAACUCCCAAAUGAGGAUGGCAUAGAACAUUUGAUGAAUAGUGAAACAUGCAAGAUCGAUGAGAAUUCAUCAUUAGUCAACGGACGGUCCUUAAGUGGUGAUCAAAAGAUAUCGGUGCAUGAGACAAAGAUGAUUGACUUUAAUGCAGACUCAAACACCAGGGAGAAAAACCUUGGCGAUGACACAAGCAAUGACAUUUCGACAUCAUCAUCCGAGGAGGAACCUCCAAAGCCCCUAUUGAUUGAGACCGAGAGAAGAGAUUCGGAAGAAGUAUGGCUAUCUUACAAAUCUCUGGUCAUUACCGACCAACUAGAUAAAUUGGAUAUCAGGGAUUUCAACAGAGUACUCGGCCUGUUUAAAAAAAACAUCUCAUCACAUCCAAAAGCACAGAGAAGAAUGCUGACAAUAUUGGAAGAUAUGCAAAGCAAAACAAAACUAGAACCUGACGAGUCCACAUACAAUAUUAUGAUGUCAAUGUGCCUGGAGAGGAAAGAUUUCGAGGGAAUCAAGAAUUAUUUUAGGUCGAUGCAACAACAAAGCAUUAGUCCGAACACCGUCACCUACAACAUAAUAAUGGCCGCAGCUAUCAAAUUAGACAAACCAGCCGACGCUUUCGCCCUUUAUGAUGAGAUGGUGAAGAAAGGUGUUGAGAGAAAUCAGAAAACUUUCACAAUGUUACUUCAAGCCUGUGCAAAGAAGCGAAGCAUAAAACAGGCGGAUUUCUUUUAUGAAGCUAUGCUUAGAGAAGGGAUUGCACCUGAUGUAUUUAUAUACAACGCUCGAAUUAAUGUGAUCGCAAGAAAUGCUCGCGAUAUGAAAGAGUUAAAGCCGGCAUUUAAAAUUGUCGAGGAAAUGAGGCAGAAUGGUAUUAAACCGACAACCUUGACCUACCACAUUCUCAUUAAAUCGCUGAUUGAAAUAAAUGAACGUACAGAAGCACUGCAGCUUUUUAAUCAGAUGGAACACGAUGGAUGCCUACCUGAUGCGCUAAUUCUAGAGGGAAUCGGAAUAACCGGACUGCGAGCACUGAUAAAUAUGAGAGAUACGUAUGGUGUAACACCAACAGCGGAAGAUUAUAACAAAUUCAUGAAUCAGGCUCUCAAGGAAUCGAAAUUUAAUGAUGCCACCGAAAUCUUGAGGCUCAUGUUACAAUAUGGAUUUAAACCUUCGGUUUCUACUUAUUCAAUAAUCAUAAAUGCCCACAUUAGGAAUAAGGAUGUUCAAAAAGCUAUGCAAUUAUAUAAAGCGAUGAAAAAGGAUGAUAUUCGAGCAGAUUCGCAUAUAUUUUCAUCUCUAAUCGUUGGUCUCAUAGCGCAAGGUGAGAUUGAUCGAGCAUUCGAAUUAUUUGAAGAGAUGCUGAAUUCGAAUGUUAAACCAAACUUUCGUACCAUUAACCGGAUCAUCGAUACCGCUAGCCAAUCGGAUGACGUAUCUAUAGUUCGAGUGGUUUUUGGUAGAUUACAGAAUUUAACGACUCCAGGAAAAUCGGCCUUUGAAAGGGUUCUCUGGCGAAUAGCUCAAGUAGGUGAUCGAACAGCGGUGGAAGAAUAUUUAUCCUUGAUGGCAAGACGAAAUCACGAUAUUAACGAUGUCACAUUUAGAUCAAUCAUAACUGGUUCUUGUAAGGGGAAGCAUUUACGUGAGGCGAGAUAUUGGUAUAAAAGGAUGAUUGAUCUAGAUUUAAGACCUAAUCACAUGCUUCUCUCUUCGCUUUUGAAAUGUCAUGCUGAAUCUAGAAACGUGGAGGUGACGUACGCGUUAUGGGACGAUUUUCAUUAUUUCGGAAUACUGCCUGACGACGAGGACAUUAUGUUUAUACUGCUGACUUGCAGGGAAACAAAAUCUUGGCAUAUAGAAAACAGGGUACUCGAACAACUGAAAGAAUUAGGUUACAAUAUGCAUACAUACAAGUCGGAGAUAGAAGCCGUAAAGACCAAUCAAUCACAAGAGAACGUUCUAAAUAGCACUCGCAUUGCAAUAGAAACAUGGAUUAAAACGCGCAAGCCAUCCGACUCCGUUCAAAAAAGCAUGCAGGAAAUUAAGAGAGCCCAAGAGAAGCUACAAAAAUGGGUAAAUUCUGUUGGUACUAAGAAUGAAUUAAGACUCGAUGAAAGUGCAAAAAAUAGA